AUGGAAUCCCCACGCAGCUCAGAGGCCCCAAAGUCUACUACUGACAACAAACGGAGGCUAGGAGACGAGGAGGCUUCGAGCGAGCAGCAGAAACUGGGCACACAGGCUUCAAAACGGAAGCGUCUGGAGGAGCGGCACCAGAAACUCAGGAAACGGGGGAGGACGCCUCCGUCGGUGUACUCUCGUCGCGAUCGCUCCCGCAGCCCCAACAAUGACACGACCACCACCCGCGACCGGAAGAGGUCGCUGUCCCCCAUCGCGCCUCGUCGAUCCCCCACGCCCGAGGCGCAAUCCCGUCCCCGGAAACGACCUGGUGGUGGAGCCCGUAUGGGCAUUGCCGACCGCGAGACCUUGCGACGCCGACAGGAGGAUAGAGAGCGCGCCCAGGAGGUCGAGGCGCAGCAAGCCCUUCGCGAUCGGGGCGUCGCAGAUGUGGUCCGUCAGCACUACAAUGCCGUCCCUCAACGCGGGCGGGAAUGGCGGAAGACAGAGAGCAAGAUCAAGGGUCUGCGGAGCUUCAACAACUGGGUCAAGAGCUGCCUCAUCCAGAAGUUCUCGCCCAGUGAGGAGUUUCUCUCCUCGCAUAACGGCGGGAGAGAUUGGGCGGAUGGGUCCGGGCCUCCCCCCCCAGAGGAGAAACGACUUCUGGUCGUGGAUCUCGGCUGUGGCAAAGGUGGUGAUCUAGGCAAAUGGCAGCAAGCUCCGCAGCCGGUCGACCUAUACGUCGGUCUGGACCCGGCGGAAAUUUCCAUCGACCAGGCUCGCGACCGGUACAACGCUAUGCGCUCCGGCCGCGGCGGCUCCCGCGGACGGCCACGCCAGCCUCUCUUCCACGCCGAAUUCUGGCCCAAGGACUGCUUUGGCGAGUGGCUCGGGGACGUGCGUAUCGUGCAGGAGGUCGGCAUCGAUGGGAACGUUGGGCCUGGGGGUUCGCUCAUGAGCUCUCGCUGGGGCGGCGGCGGCUUUGACGUGGUUGCGUCCAUGUUCACCAUGCACUACGCCUUUGAGAGCGAGGAAAAAACGCGUCAGAUGCUUCGCAACGUGGCCGGCUGUCUGAAAAAGGGUGGCCGGUUCCUGGGUGUCGGCCCCAACUCCGAUGUGAUCACCGCCAGAGUGGCGGAAUUCCACGAGAAGAGAAAGGCCCGCGAGGCGGCCAAGCGGGCAGCGGCCGAGGCCCCAGAGGACGGGGAGGUUGAAGAGGAAGACAAACGUCCCGAAUGGGGGAACGAUAUCUACCGCGUCCGAUUCCCCGGCGAAACUCCAGAAGACGGCAUCUUCCGCCCCCCGUUCGGAUGGAAGUAUAGCUAUUUCAUGCAGGAGGCCGUCGAGGAGGUUCCUGAAUACGUGGUUCCCUGGGAAGCGUUCCGAGCGCUGACUGAGGACUACAAUCUGGAGCUGCAAUACCGCAAGCCAUUUCUCGAGAUUUGGAAAGAGGAAAUGAAUGAUCCUGAGCUGGGUCCUCUGAGUGAGCGGAUGGGCGUUCGAGACCGCAGCACCGGUGCUCUUUUGAUGACUGACGAGGAGAAGGAGGCAGCCAACUUCUACCAUGCAUUCUGCUUCUACAAGCUUGUCCUUCUUUCAUCACACCGGGAAGUCUAUACACACCUCUCCUUACAACGCAUCAUGUCUGCAACACCGGGCUCCUCGCGACGCCCCCGCACGCACCACCACCACCGUGAGGGCAGCAGUCGCGCACCGCCCAUGGCCCCAGAGUACGAGAGACCGAUCGCACCGCUCAACGCCGCGGGCCAGCGCGCGCUGUCGAUGCAUCUGCAGGCGCACUCGCUCUCGCGGCUGAAGAAGCAUAUCCAGCAUGCGGAAGAGAAACUGACUGAUUCCGCGGGGGAGAUUAACGAGCGGUUGACGGAUGCGCGGUACCGGUAUCGCAAGGAGGAACAAAGAAGGCGAGAAAACGAGGUUGAACUGAAUAUUUUAGGCUCGGAAGAAGAAGGAAAUGACGAAGACGCAAAUCAGCAAUCACUGCAGCGGAUCGCCGCGAUGGAACAACAGGUGACCUCGACCUCGGAGAAACUAGAAGAGCAAAUGCGACAGAUUGUCGACGCAGAGGUGAAGCUAGAGAGUCUAUCGAGUAUCGUGCACGAGCUGGGAGCCGAAGCCGAGACGACCGCGAUCCAGCUCCAGCAAGCACGGCGGCGCCAACGGACCCGACGACAACGAGAAGAUGAAGACGGAGAUGAAGACGGAGAGAGAGAGGAAGAGUCCGACGAGAACUACGAAGGCACCCCGGAGCGCGAGGCACGCGACAACGCCCGCAGGAACCCGCCCAGCCAACAGCUCGUGGACAAGCUUGCUGCGCAGUCGGCGCGAUGGGAAAGCCUAUCACUUACAGAGAGGUAUACGACGAACAACGCAUACAUCGGGUUCUACCGGAUCGUACACGAAUCGAAACAUCCAAGCGACGAGAUCCCCCCCGUCCCCAAUGCGUCGACGUGGUUCGCCCACGUAGAAGAGAGUGUACCGACCAGCAAUGCAAGACGGACGCGAAGAAACCAGCAAGAAACCGAUUCAGACGACGACUCGGAGAUCGCCAUCGAGCGCGAAAAGACCUCGUUGACCUGUCCGUUAACCCUGCGCACAUACGUCGACCCCGUCAGUAGCUCGAAAUGUCCGCAUAGUUUCGAACGCUCCGCUAUCCAAGAUAUGAUCAAUGCCAGCUCGUCGACUAUCUCUGUUUCGGCAAGUGCAGCUACAAGUGCGGGUUCUCGCCGUCGCGUCCGUGCAGUGAAAUGCCCCGUUUGCACCGUUAUGCUAGCCGAAGCAGAUCUACGCCCGGACCCCGUGCUACUCCGUCGCGUCCGCCGCGCAGAGGAAGCCAUGCAGCGCGAAGCAGAGGAAGCAGAGUUUGACCCUGAGGGGGCCCGCAGGCGACGACGCCCCAAGGGCGGCCGCGUGAGUGGGUAUACCCUUGCGAGCGAUGAUGUCGAUCCCCACGACGACGGUUCCGACGGUGGCUCUGACGGCUCGGGCGGUGAUGUAGAGGUCAUCGCCGAGAUGGAUACGGAUGACGAGCAGACCCAUCUGACGCAGACCCAGCGCCAGGUCCGCAUCAAGUCGGAGAGGGCCGUCUCGCGUAGCUUCAGUGCGGCGCCCAGCGAAAUCGUGGACAUGGAUGAUAUGGAUGUCGAUACGGGGACGGAUGAAGAUGAGGAAGAGUAA